AGAGCAAAGCGUCACUUUCAUCCAGGCAUCUGAAAAGAUGGAAACAUCGACAUUCUUUGAGUCUGUGCCGUUGAAUGAUUCGGACUCAACUUCUGUCCAUUCAUCAGCCUCUGUCAAUUUGGGGGCAAGCGCUACGUCGCCAACAUUGAACUUUGAUGUUCUCGAUUAUCUCAUGCGAAUUAUGAAUCGGCGUUCGCUACUCAGGAUGCUUCGUACUUGUCGAACAUUAUAUGCCUCCGGCAUUCCAAUACUCCUUGGAGCCCCGAUUGUCCCCUCAGCCCGUAAUAUCAAGGGAUUCUGCCAUUUUAUACUCGCAGACCAGGAGAGAUGUGGCGCUCUUAUCCGGGACCUUAUGCUGUCCAAUUGCUAUAGGGACACGGAGUGCACCAACGACCUCAUUCGAAUACUUGGUGUUUCAAUUGGAUUACGAAGGCUCCAUAUGUCACAUUUGAGCUCCCUUAGUUUGAGUGCCCCGACAGUUCUGGCUACCGCUAUAACAUUACCGAAUGUGCACAAACUCGAACUUAGCGGAAUAGACUGUCUUACCCAACCGUUCCUAGAGCGCGCUACAAUUCUUGCUAAUCAUCUCAAACUAUUUCACAGCUCUUUAGCUUUCAGUUCUCCUCUUACGGAAUUAUCCAUCCAUAGAGCUUGUCUGCACACAUUGGCCGUCUGGAAGUUCGAGUUCGGAGGGCCAGGUGUUGCGCCGUUUCCUCAUCUACGAGAAUUGCGCAUGGAGGAUAUCAAUUAUGAAGAUCUCUCGGCAGAGAGACUGGUCUAUGUGUUCCCUAAUUUAACCAAACUCAGCAUCGACUCUCUAUCCCAGCACGAUCUACCUCGUCAUCGAGAACUUCGCUUAGCCAACCAGCAAGCCCAGCGACGGAUGUCGUGGAAAGAGCUUAUUCAUGUGGAAGGGACACUCCGCGCCCUUCAUGCUCUUGGUCUGAUGUGUCCUAUACGCUGUCUCAAGCCAUUGAUAUCGGAUACUAAUUGGGAGUUAGGGGAGACGACGAACGAAAUAUUGCAAACGGUCAUAUCCGAUUGCCGGCCUACUGCAUUGGAGGUCACUGUUGGGAACUUGGAUGACCUGCAGAAACUUUUGCAGAUGCAUCCGCAUAAGCCUUACCUUACGCAUCUAUCCCUUGCCUAGGAACUAUGGCUUUUGAAGGGAAGCGACGCUGAGGUUGACAUUCCUCGCUUUCUGGUGAGUCUCAGCGCCAUUCACGUCGGUCACGCCACAAUCUUGGUUGAAUGAUUAUUCUACUUAUGCAGGACACGUUGUUACAUAUCGUUGCUCCAUUAUCGCUCACCUAUACGGAGAUACAAUUCAAGGUUUUUGUGACGAUUCCCGCACUUCAUGACUCUCUUGCCAUACCUCCUCCAACACACAUCGCAUCUCUACUCGCCGCCACCAUCCCUACACUGAAGAGAGCUUUUGUUGGGCUUCCUCGCAAUAGACUGGCUUUCGUCAGCGUUUAUGAAGAUGAGUCCGGACACAGAAGCAUUCGUCCAAUUGCAGAUCUUUCACAGAGACACCAUGAUUUUCCGUGGAGAAGUUUUCAAGGCUAUUGAUGGCUAGUCAUACGCCCCAGUACGGCUCGUCUUUCCUUACACGGUUGGGCGUGUUUCGGUGACACUUCCAACCUCACUCCUAUUAACCUGCCAAAAUUUUGUAGAACAUUAUACCUCGUAUGAUACACAGAACUUUUGGAUUGGCC